ACUUCCUUGAAAAAACCGCUGCAUAAACCCCUGUUUCGAGACCAGGAUGGGCUGCACUUCCAGCAGCGCCACAAGAGCUUUUGAAAAGCAGGGACGCAAGGACACCUCUACAUCUUCAAUUCAGAUUGGAAACAGAUCCGAAACUGAAUGCGAGCCCACAAUUUCUCGACGAGAAUACAACUCCUGGAAACAUGAGGUAGAUUUGACUGAUUUGCAGUCGAUCGAGAACGGCAUGGCGCUGCCUGUGAAUCAGUGGGUUCACAAAGCCAUGAGUGAAGAAUUGAGCAAAAGCUUGAGUGGUUACUUGGUCGAGCCAGGAAAGUUGGCAGAGACUAUCCAGGAAAGAAGAGUGAAACUGGAGGAAAUCGCCGCACAGAGUGAAACUCUUACCGCUGCGACUCUCACAGAUCUGACCAAAAGCAGAAACCUGGAGGGCUCGAAAAGCCCUGCCACUUGCCAGGAUUAUCUGAGGGCAGAGAUGGACAACUCCAAGAGUAGCGUGGUCACGUUUGACCUGGGCAGAGACGAAAAGGAAAUAACAUCUCUGCCAUCUGGGCAGAAUUUGAUCAUCGGAUUGUGAAAGCUCAUUGCGGCGAAGUCAAAAGCUGUGGCCGAAGUUUUCAAAGUCCUUCGUUGGGACUUCUCCUUUUUUACCAAACAGUGUGGCCACACUUGGGGUUCUUGCGGGAAGAG